CACUGUUGUUAGUGUGGAAUCAGCAGUCGGGGUCAAUUAGCGUAAUGAGCGCCGACACAGCGAGCAGCUCGUCCCGCUGGCUGUCAUUCAGGUGGAGGAGGAAACAGGACGCAGCUGCAGCGCCGCACUUCACGGUCAAAGCCUGAACACAGACAUUUGUUUUUAACUCUCUUUCCUCCGACUCCUCCACACUGAGCCUUCGCCUGUUGCACACUUUGUACCGAGAGAGCAGUGUGUCGCUGAGAGCAUGGCUGCCAUCAAGGCUCUGGAGCAGUGGUGUAAACUGCAGUGUGAUGGUUACCGAGAUGUGGCCAUCACCAACAUGACGACCUCCUUCAAGAACGGAAUGGCUUUCUGCGCGCUUAUACACAAGUACAGACCCGACCUGAUAGACUAUGACUCACUCAAAGAGGAGGAUGUGCUUGAGAACAACAGACUGGCUUUUCAGAUUGCAGAAGAGAAGUUGGGGAUUCCUGCUUUGUUAGAUGCAGAGGACAUGGUGGCUCUGAGGAUCCCAGACAGGCUGAGCAUUCUCACCUACGUCUCCCAGUACUACAACUACUUCAAAGGACGGCCUCCAAUGGGAGGUGUAAAAAGGCCAGCAGAGGGCUCCAAGGAGGAGCCAUCAGAGAAGAAGAAUCUGCCAGUGGUUUCCAAAACCUUUGUGUCUAAAACCGCCACUGAGAAACGUUUACCUUCCACGGCUCAGACCUCCCCCAAGGUGGCCAGAGCUGCUGUUCAGAAGCCAGUUCUGGCAGAGAACGCUAACAAAAAUGGGACUCUCACUAGCAAAUGUGUUGCGUGCGAGUGCCAUGUCCAUCUGGUUCAGAGGCACUUUGUGGACGGCAAGCUCUAUCACAGAAGCUGUUUCAAAUGCGGUGAAUGCUCGAGCGUGCUUCAUGCAGGAGGGUACAAACCCGGGAAGAAUCCAGACACUUUCAUCUGCAACGCCCACCAGAACAGUUGCAAACCGCCCUCCUCUGAGCUCGGGAUCAAAAACAGACCCAGUGGUUCAGCAGGGUUGGUAAACGGUGCCAGUCAGACCCAGCCUGCACCACGCCCCUCUUCUGUGCUGUCAGCUCCACUGAAUAUCCUCCUGAAGCCAGUAGUCACUCCGGCUCCGCCCUCCCAGUCCUGGACGGCCUCCGCCCAUCGGACGCAGACGGCCCGGCAGAGGUUCUUUCAGGCGGCAGCGCCACUCACAGAGGCCUCAGCAGGGAACAGGAAGCAGACAGACCCUUCAAGUGUCUCAGGAAGGCCAAAGGUCCCACUGACCUCUGAUGAUGACAAGAACAGAGCCAGGACAAACAUUGGAAAGAAGUUGGCAGAGGAGAACUGCAACAACAAUAACAAACGACCCUUUACCAUCCGAUCAGCCGGGAGAAGGUUUGGAGAGGAGCCAAGUCCGGCUGACGGCCCCGGUUUGAGAAAAGAUAAAUGCAGCCAAGACCCAGCAGGAAACCGGGCAGGACAGCCCGCCACCAGCCAGACAAACAAAAAGGAACCGCCAUGUCUGAAGGCCAUCAACAAAGACAACACGAGGCCAACGACUGUACACACAACCGCCAAAGAUCCAGUCUGGGGGCAAUUGAGGCUCAAACCUGUGAAAAUGGAGCUAGCUUCAAAAGAUGCUGAAGCUGAAGGCUUUACUGAGCAUAAACCUGGAUUCUUGUCCACCACUUGCUCUAACGUCCCCAGCAGCCCUACAAGGCCUCCCUCUGCUCCGUUACCUGCACUACCUCCAGUCAGCUUCCCUCUGUUUGAUCCCGCACCCUUUAGAGAAGCGUCACCCCAGAAACCCCAGCUUAGUUCUGGAAACCUUGAUUUCAAAAACGGGACUCACUCGCCUAUAAAGUCCCCACCCAGACGGUCAGCUGUGGAAUCUGUUAGGUCUCCAACGACGACUCCAGCCAAUCACAGUAAUCCUCCAGGUGCUAAAAAGGGAAAGUAUUUGUCACCCACCAACGCCUCCAGGACUGAAAUGAGGUCACCCUCUGUGAAGUCUUAUCAUGUUCCAGUGGAGCAGAUUGAGAGGGACCUGGAUGAUAUUGAGAGAAACUUGGCUCUGUUGGAGAAGGAGGGCGUGGAGCUGGAAAAGAAUCUCCGCAGCUGUGAGGAAGAGGGAGAGGGAGACAUAUUGAUGGACCCUCUGAUGGUCGACUGGUUCAACCUGAUUCGAAAGAAGCAGAUGUACAUUAGGAAGGAGUCGGAGCUUGUAUACAAAGCCAGGACUCAGGAGCUGGAGCAGCAGCAGCCCGGUGUGGAGGGGGAACUUCGCAGACUGCUGGAGAAGCCAGAUCAUUUAAAAUCCAGAGAGGAGCAACAGCGGGAGAAGAAGUUGAUGCAGAGACUGGUGGAGAUUGUGGACGGCAGAAAUGCAAUAGUGGAGGGUCUGGAUGAAGACAGGCUGAGGGAAGUGGAGGAGGAUCAGCAGCUGAAUGAAAUGAUGCAAAAUCUUGGAGUAAAGAAAGCGAAAAAUAAGAGGAAAUCCUCCAUCUCAAAACUAUUCAGGCGGAGAAGUAAAAGACGAGUGGAAUGAUCCUCACGGCAAUUUUUACUAAAUUAAUUUGACUGUUGUAUUGUAUUAUUAUAUUAUUAUUAUCAUAUUAAAACAAAUAUUUUAAGGUUUUUAUAUUUAAGUACUGCAGUA